AUGUCCUUUAUAAUACUAUUUUUGUUGCAUUUGCUGCGCUUUAAUUAUGUUCACUUACUGAUAAGUAGGAAGAGCAUUUACAAUUUUCAAAAUAUGAAUCCCUUAAAUAUACAAAGUUUGAAAGAUGUGAAGGAGAAGGUGAGGUAUGACAAAAACUGCUAUUGUUUAGUAGUUAACAAGUAUAGAGUGAACGAAAUUUUAAAAAAUAAUUAUAUAAAAUUUUGGCUAUUGAAUAUUUAUAAAUUUCCUUCUGUUUUGAAGUUCAACGACUAUAAAGGGUCUUUUUCUAAGGACCAUAACAGGGGCGAAGAUAUUUUGGCCUUCAUUCAGGCGUAUAUGGAAAAUUUACAAAGAAGUAGAGAUGAGGAAGAAGCAAAAAUGCAAGUUGUUCAUCAAGAUAGUACUAAUGGUUUGCCGUUAACUGUUCAUGAGAAUACAACCCAUACUGAUGAAGCAGACCACAGGUUGAUUCCAUUGAAUGAUUAUUUUAACCGAAUAAUUGAAGAAUUGUUUAUAAGCAAAAAUAAUGCAAAAGAUGUAAAUCCUGUUCUUAUUGACUACAUUUCUUUCAAAGAAGGGAAAGCUAAAAAUGGAAAGGAUAAUAGGGAUGAAGUAAAUAACAAUAGGCGUAUCGGAUUUAGUAAGCAUAAUGGGGAAAGUGUACACGAAGGGGAAAAUCAAAAUGUAGAGACCCAUUUUGACAGUGUACUUGAUGAAGAAGAUAGAAAUAUGGAAUAUAUAUAUAAUGCUAACAAGCAAAAAUAUAUACAGGAAUUAUUUAAAUUGGUGGAAAAGGAAAAUAUGAAGUUAAAAAUGGUAACGCUACAUUUUGGGUAUGAAAAUAUGAACACGUCAGAAAUUUUAAGAAAAAUUUUCCCAUCGAUUAAUGAAAUAAUACAUAAAUUUGAAAUUAUAGGACAUAUAGCUCAUUUAAAUUUCUGUGGUAAGUUAGAGAAUUAUAAGAAAAUAAUUGCUCAAGUAAUAUUAGAUAAAAAUAAAUGCAUAAAAACUGUAAUAAACAAAAAAGAUAUGUUAAAUAAUAUACACAGAACAUUUACUAUUGAACUUUUAGCUGGUGAAAAAAACUAUAUUACUCAGUUAAAAGAAAAUAAAAUAAAUGUAAAAAUUAAUUAUGAACUGAUAUACUGGAAUUCAAAAUUAAAAAAAGAAAGAGAUCGCAUAUACAACCUUGUAGAAAAAAAUUCUAUCAUCCUUGAUGUUUUUGGCGGAGUAGGUAUAUUUAGUUUAUUGUUAAGUAAAAAAUGUUGUUUAUGUUUUUCAAAUGAUAUUAACAAACAUGCUUAUAAUUAUAUGAACAUAAAUAUUGAAUUAAAUAAGGCUAGAAAUAUAUUAACAUACAAUUUAGAUGGAAGAGAUUUCCUUAGAAUGGUAUUUCGGCUGAAUAUUUUUUCAAAAAAAAAUUUUCUACUUACCAUGAAUAUAGACGAGCAGAAUAGAAAGAACAUUUCGCAAGAUGUUAUAAACAGCACAGAUCAUGAUAUAUUUGAUAAAAAAAAGAAAAAAAGAAAGAAAGAAGAUGUAAGAAGCCAAAAUUGUGAAAUAGGUGAACCCAACAAUUUAGUGGACACAAAUAAUAGAGGAGGCAGUUACCGUAGUUUAAAAAAUGAGAAAAAAUUUGAUGAACAUAUUGGUUCUAGUAGUACUACCAAAUGUAGUGGUAGCAUCGGCAUGCAUAAAUGUAUCGUACACAAGGAAAAUUAUCAUACAGAGGAAAUUCCUGUUCUUAACUCUUCCAAAAAUGACAAUUAUAAAAGAAUAAAGAAUGCAACUGCUUCAGAAGUAAGUAAUGAUAUGUGCAUUGAUGUUCAAAAGAAAAAGCAAGUUAAUGAUAUUAUCGAUAGUAGUAGUGAAUGCAGUACCAGCUCCGCUUUCGUACUAGGUAAUAAAAAUGAUACAACAGUUAGUGAAGAAGAAUCAUACCGAGUUGACAUAAACCUAAGCAUUUAUAAAGACAUUCACAUAUUAAUGAAUCUGCCACAAACAGCUUUAGAAUUUCUUGAUGUUUUUAAAAAUUUAAAAAAGGAAAAGGAGAAGGAUCAAGUGAGGAAUAUAUAUAUUCAUUGCUACUACUUUUCCAAGCCAGAAUUUUUUUACGAACAUGCGGAGAAAAAUAUACUUUUGCACUUUCAGGCGCUUCCCCAUGAGAUGAAAAUUACUGAGAUCAGGAAAGUAUCUCCCGGCAAACUCAUGUACGUGGUAGAAUUCAACUUAAAGAAUUUACUUACAAAUUAA